CCACUUUCCUUUUCUUUCUUGUCGACUCUGUUUUCUUUUCCGGCUGUUUUCUUGCAUUCCAAACACCUAUUUCUGUGUGUCGUGCUCAACACCGAGCCAAAAAAGAAGAAAACUUUUUGUUUUCAUCAGUAAUGUCUGGUGUAACCCUUCUGCUUCUUCUCCUUUUUCGCUUCGCAGUUCCUUGUCUCUCUGAUCCGAGAACUACAGAAGCAGCUCUGAUGUGUGCAACAAACAAAACUACGCCAUUUUCAGAACGCAAUAUCUUCUCAGACAAUUUCUUAGCUGCAUUACACGCCAUGACUCCUUCGAUUGAUUCGCACGGAUAUGCGUCUGUUAUUAAUGGGACUGGAAAUUCCACUGUUUAUGCUUUCGCACAGUGCAUGAAAGAUCUAUACAAAUCGGAUUGCAAUAUCUGCUUCGCGGAGAUCAAGACUCAAGUCCCGAGGUGUUUACCAUUUCAGAGAGGGACCCGCGGGGGAAGGGUGUUCUUUGAUGGGUGUUAUCUCAGGUACGAUGAUUACAACUUCUUCAAUGAGAGUCUCAGUGAUCAAGACAGAACUGUGUGUGGAAGCAAAGAGUUUGGUGGGAAUCAGAGUAUUUAUGAGGCUAAUGCAAUGAAGUUAGUGAGGGAUUUAAGUGCGGAAGCACCCAAAAAUGAUGGGUUCUUCGUGGGUUUUGUGAGAAGAAGAAAUGUGACUGUCUAUGGGUUGGCUCAGUGCUGGCAAUUCGUUAAUGGGAGUGCUUGUGAGAGAUGUUUAGCAGAAGCUGUUAAUAAUAUUAGUUCUUGUACCCCAAAAGAAGAAGGAAGAGUGCUGAAUGCUGGAUGUUAUAUGAGUUAUUCAACCCAAAAGUUCUAUGGCAACUCAACCGAUCCCCCUACUGAAACUCAUGGGAACAGCAGCAGUUACACUAUAAUGCUGGCCAGUGCUGGAUCAGCUCUUGUACUGGCUGUUGCAGUAGUUGCCUUCUUUGCAUGGAAGAGGAUGCAGAGGAGGAAGAGAGCAAGAAGACAGUUCGGUGCACUUUUGGACAGAGUUCACAAGUCCAAGCUCAAUAUGACAUAUGAAGUUCUUGAAAGGGCAACAAAUUACUUCAAUGCCUCCAAUAAGCUUGGACAAGGAGGUUCAGGUUCUGUUUAUAAAGGAGUUCUGCCAGAUGGGAAUAUCGUAGCUAUAAAAAGGCUUAGCUUUCACACAACACAAUGGGCAGAUCAUUUCUUCAAUGAGGUUAAUCUGAUAAGUGGCAUUCAUCAUAGAAAUCUUGUAAGGCUUCUGGGUUGCAGCAUUACAGGACCCGAAAGCCUUCUCGUUUAUGAAUACAUGCCAAACCAAAGCGUUCAUGACCACUUUUCUGCGAAGCAAAAAUCUCAACCCUUGACUUGGGAAGCAAGGCGUAGAAUUAUAUUGGGAACUGCAGAGGGAUUGGCCUAUCUCCAUGAGGAAUCACCAGUGAGAAUUAUUCAUAGAGAUAUAAAACUAAGCAACAUUAUGCUUGAAAAGGACUUCACACCCAAGAUAGCUGAUUUUGGACUGGCUAGAUUAUUUCCAGAAGAUGGGACUCACAUUAGCACUACUGUUGCUGGCACACUCGGUUAUAUGGCUCCAGAAUAUGUUGUUCAGGGAAAAUUAUCAGAGAAAGCAGAUGUUUAUAGUUUUGGAGUCCUUCUAAUUGAAAUCAUAUCCGGAAAAAGGAGUAGUUCUUUUGUUCUAAAUGCAUCCUCCAUCCUACAAGUGGCUUGGAAUCUUCAUAGGUCAGACAACCUAGGUAACAUGGUAGAUCCGAGCCUUCAAGACAAUUAUCCAGCGGAGGAAGCACGUCGGCUACUUCAGAUAGGAUUGCUUUGUACACAAGCAUCAGCAAAUCUACGACCGUCAAUGUCAGAAGUGGUGAAAAUGAUGACUAGCAGUGAGGAAAUUCCAGAGCCAACACAACCGCCAUUUCUGGUUCCAAGCAGUAUAGAAUGCAGCAAAUCUGAAUAUAACUUUCAUACUUCAUCCAACACAAAUUCUUCAGAGGACAGCAUGACUGAAAGCCUUAUUCCUCCUGGAUGACUCACACAUUAACGUAUUAUAUAUACACAUCUAAUAUUACUCAUAGUUAUAUGUGUAAUAAUAUGCUUUUGAUCUUUUCACAGUGUAGGCGAUUUCACGGUCCUUUUGUUUUUGCUAGUGCUUGAGAGCCAACUUCCUCGUGUAUAUUAAAGCUUCUUAGCAUAGAGAAUAGUUGUAUGAGAU